AUUGACACAACUCUAACACGGAACCUUCUUUCUCGGGCAGAGUCUCUGACUCCAUUCUCUAUUCCUCGGUUGCCACCAAAAGAAAAAUCGGAAGCAGGAAUUUUGCAGAGCUCGACGCCAUUUCCGAUUUCAAAUCUCUCUCCCGCAAAGUUCUUCGAGGAAAUCGAAGAAGAAGAAGAGGAAUAAGAAGUAGAAAUUCGAUCAGGUGGAAUGGAAGCCAUAAGGAAACAAGCGACGAGGCUCAGGGAACAAGUCGCGAGGCAGCAACAGGCUGUCCUCAAGCAGUUUGGAGGAGGUGGAUAUGGUGGGUCUGACUCUGUUAUAACCGAUGAGGCAGAACUCCAGCAGCAUCAUAAACUAGAAAAGCUUUACAUAUCUACACGUGCUGCUAAGCAUUAUCAAAGAGAUAUUGUCCGUGGUGUGGAAGGAUAUAUAGUGACUGGGUCCAAACAAGUGGAAAUAGGAACAAAAUUAUCUGAGGAUAGCAGGAAAUAUGGUUCUGAGAGUACAUGUACAAAUGGUAAUGCAUUAUCUAGGGCUGCAUUGAACUAUGGACGUGCUCGGGCACAGAUGGAGAAAGAACGUGGAAAUAUGUUGAAAGCUCUUGGUACACAGGUCGCUGAGCCAUUAAGGGCAAUGGUGUUGGGAGCACCAUUGGAGGAUGCAAGACAUCUUGCUCAGCGUUAUGACAGAUUACGUCAAGAAGCUGAAGCUCAGGCUACUGAAGUUGCGAGACGCCAAGCCAAGGCGAGGGAAUCGCAGGGAAAUCCUGAUGCCUUGAUGAAACUGGAAUCUGCUGAAGCAAAACUUCAAGACCUUAAAUCGAAUAUGACAAUACUGGGGAAAGAGGCUGCUGCUGCUUUGGCUGCUGUUGAAGCUCAACAACAGAGAUUGACUCUUCAGCGACUCGUAGCAAUGGUUGAAGCUGAACGUGCUUACCAUCAAAGGGUCCUCCAAAUACUUGAUCAGCUUGAAAAUGAGAUGGUAUCUGAGAGGCAACGUAUUGAAGCCCCUUCUACGCCCUCAAGUGCAGAUAAUACACCACCUCCUCCAUCGUACGAGGAAGCUAAUAAUGGAGUGUAUGCAUCUCAUACGCAAGACACAUCCACAGAUAGCAUGGGUUACUUCCUAGGAGAGGUCUUGUUCCCGUAUCAAGGCGUGACCAAUGUCGAGCUCAGUCUAUCGGCCGGUGACUACAUUGUUGUCAGAAAGGUGACAAGCAGCGGGUGGGCUGAAGGAGAGUGCAAAGGGAAAGCCGGGUGGUUCCCUUACGAAUACAUCGAAAGACGGGAACGUGUUCUUGCUAGCAAAGUGGCUGAAGUCUUUUGAGAUUUUGGAGGAUCAUCAGUUUCCUUUGUGUUUUUCAUGUUUCUUGUAGGAAAAAAAAAAGACAAAGAGACAGAAGUAAAAGGCAAAAAGCACAGUCUUUUGGCAUAACCUCUCUUAUUCACAUGUGAAUACACUUUGUUGUUCGUCCAUUUUUUUUUUUUGUGGCAUUUUUCCUAAACCUUGGACUUACACAGAUACUAAAUUUUUCUUACACUUUGUAGUUCCAUGUCACUGUUGGUUUACAUGUUAUAUCAUUAUAUGAAUGAAUUUUGUAAGAUGAA